UUUCGAUAAGCUUCUUCUUCUUCUUUUUUUUUUAAAAAAAUUUAUCCCCUAAAUUACUCGUCGAGGGUUUUUCUUUUUUAUAUUUCAUCAACCAAGCCACGUACGUUUUUCUUCUUCGCCAUUGUUGGAGACUCUUGAUCCUUCACUACAGCCGCCUUUUCCUCCAGGAGUUGAAGAGUAUGGCUUCUUUUUUUUAGCCCUCCUCCACAAGGAGUUUCCUGUUUUAUGUAUUUGGCAUUAAGAAGGUUCUAUGACCCGGUUAAUGUUGAAGCUCCUGCUGAUACGCAUUCUUCCUAAUUUUUCUAGGCAGCAACGAAUAACCGCUCAUCACAGAAUUAAAGUUUGAGGAAGGAUGGGUUGUUUCACAGCUUUGAGGAGUAAGAAAAAGAAGCAUGAUCGAUCUGUUAGCAUUAAACGAGUCAGUCCUAAAGAGCAUUCACCAACUACAUUGCCUGUCCCACAAGUCCCGACCCGGUCACUGCAGUCUGCACCCCCUAGUUUUAGGACUAGAGCGAAACCAGUUCAACCAGUUCAUAGAGUUACCAACAAUAGAGCCCGGGCAUUAUCAGCACCAUCAACCCUUGAUGCAGCUGAGCAAGAUGCUCUUUCUUCAGCUGAAUAUGAUGGACAAGAAGAUUCAAAGAGCCGAGCUGGAAUGGCAAAGGAACAACGCUCACAAAGUCCCCAACCUCUUCCUCUUCCCUCGCCUCAGGUUUCUGGUACACUGAAGGCUUCAGGAAGCUUUAAAGUAGGGAAUUCGAGUGGCCCUCUCUUUGCUUCUGGACCUUUGCCCCUGCCUCCUUCUGGGGCGCUCAGAAAUUUUUCAUAUGAAGAAGUUGCUUCUGCUUGCCAUAAUUUCUCUUCUGAACGAUGCAUGUCGGAAGGUCUUUCUUCGAUAAUGUAUACGGCUUCAUUUGGGGAUGACCCUUCAUGCUCAAAGAAGUUUGAAGCCACUGUUACUCGUCUUCAUCCGUCCACUCAGGGUUUGAAGGAGUUCAUAAAUGAAGUGAACACUCUUGCGUCUUUGCAACAUCCAAAUCUAUGUAAAUUGCUUGGUUAUCAUGCACGUGAGGGUUCGGAACAAAGAUUAUUGGUUUAUGAAAGGAUCUUUCAUGGAAGCUUGGACCGGCUUCUUUAUGGGAGAUCUGAUGGCCCUCCCAUUGAUUGGAAUACAAGAAUGAAAAUUGCAUUGUGUGCUGCACAAGGUCUUACUUUCUUGCACGAGGAAGGCCCUUUCCAGGCGAUGUACAAUGAAUUUUCUACUGCCAACGUACAGAUUGACAAAGACUUUAGUGCAAAGCUUUCAGGAUAUGGCUGUGUUGGUCAUAUUCCUGAGACAGAGAUUAACAGUUCAGUUGUAGUGGCUAAUCUCUCAGUGGAGACAUUGGAGAGAGGCUUGCUUACUCCAAAGAGUAAUGUAUGGAGUUUUGGAAUUGUUCUUCUUGAACUACUCACUGGGAGAAAAAAUCUUGAUAGUCGCCGUCCCAAGGAAGAGAGAAACUUAGUUAAGUGGAGCCGCCCUUUCCUGGCUGAUGACUGUCGAUUAUCACUUAUCAUGGAUCCUCAGCUGAAAGGCCGUUUCCCUCCCAAAGCAGCUCGAACGGUGGCUGACAUUGCUCUAAGAUGUCUUCAGAAGGACCCAUUAGAAAGACCAACCAUGAGAAUUGUUGUAGAGAAUCUCAAAUCUAUACAGGACGUGAAAUAUUCUUGUCGGUUUCCUCUUCAGGAGCCAGCUACAAUUUCAGGAAAACAGAUGUCAAGAUCCCCGAGUCUUAAUGGUAUCAUAAGCCCAGCUCCUAGGUUAAGCUCCUCACCGUCCCCUCCAUCAGGAGCUCGAGCAUCCUUUUAUGCUGGAAAGCUACAUGCUUUGCCCCCAGCUCUCCCACCGCGUGCUUGUUCCUCCACCCUUUCGUUGGAGGAACUUGAGAGGCAAGAGGCUCGGAAAUCAGCAUCAUCGACUGUUCGAAGGGCUAGUGUUGAAGGAUUUUGAUUGUUUUUGUGCAUUCUUCUUCUUUUAGGGGUUUUUGAUUCUUCACAAUUAUAUAGCAGAUCAAAGUUUUCGAUUUUUUGUGCAUU